AUGUGGAGGCAACGGGCUGGAGCAGCAGCUCUCAGGCACAGCCAGCAUGCUGCACGCAGUUCCUUGGCGGCAGCACCUGCAGCAGCAGCGGCGCCAGACGCCCCCGCUGCAGCUGAGCAGGCCGCAAAGCCGCCGCCGCAACUGGAGCCGCUGCCGGCGGCGCAGCUGGCACGGAAUGCGGCCUUGGUUGAGCGGCUCCGGGGCCAGCUGAUGCUCGCGCCGCUGACGCGGGGAGGCUGCCUGCCGUUCCGCCGGCUGUGCGCAGCUCACGGGGCCAAGGUGACCUACUCGGAGAUGGCCUUUGCUCGCCAGCUGCUCAAGGGCAACCGCAAGGAGCUUGCCAUCCUGCGGCGGGCAGGCAACGAGCAGUGCUAUGGAGUGCAGAUCGCGACCAACGUCAUCGACGAGGGCGUCCGGGCGGGCGUGCUGGUGGCAGAGGCAGGCGCCGACUUUCUGGACCUCAACUGCGGGUGUCCCAUCUACGAGGCCACGCGGCGCGGGCUGGGCGCCGCGCUGCUGCGCAAGCCCCACAAGCUGGCACGUCUGGUCAACGGCAUCGCGGCGCGCCUGCCCCUGCCCCUCACCGUCAAGAUCCGGCUGGGGGAGAGCGCCGACAAGAUCAACGUGCACGAGAUGGUGGGGCUGCUGGAGCAGGCGGGCGCCGCGGCGGUGACGGUGCACGGCAGGACCAUGGAGCAGCGGUACAAAAAGGCAGCCGACUGGGAGCUGGUGCAGCAGGUGGCCGCACAGCACAGCGUGCCGCUCGUAGGCAACGGCGACGUGCUGACGCACUACGAGGUGCGGCGGCGCCUGGACAGCCACGGCCUGCUGACUGUGAUGGUGGGCAGGGGUGCGCUGAUCAAGCCCUGGCUGUUCCAGGAGGUCAAGGAGGGGCGGGAGCUGUGCCCCACCGCAUCUGAGCGGGUGGGCAUCUACCGCCAGCUGGUGGCGUACAUGAAGGAGCACUUUCGGGAUGACGCGCGUGGCAAGCGCGCCGCCUUCUACUUCCUCCCCUGGCAUUUCAACUUCUUUGCCCGCUACCGCCCCAUGCCAGAGGCCGUGUAUGGCGCUGCCUCGCUGCAGCAGCCGCUGCUGAGCACGCGCUGGGACAGCAUCGCCUGCGGCGAGCUGGGGGAGACGGUGGAGGGGCUGGCGCCGCUGGAGCGCCUGCUGCGGUGCGAGAACGAGGCGGCCUUUGGGCCCAUCGCCGACGCGCUGUGGGAGGCGGCGUGCGAUGCAGACGCAGAGGCGGCGCUGGUGCGCCUGGCGGCAGGCAACUUGCUGGAGUGGGAGGAGGAGCUACGGGCGGGCGGCAGCCGCGGCGGGCGGCGGGAGGAAGCCCAGGCGCAGGGCUGA